CCGAGUGGGGCGGGGCCUCGAGCGGGGCGGGCCAGCCGCGGGCCCAGACGUGGCGCAGUGGCCGGGCGAUUCACCUCUAGCUCACGGAUCAUCCUCGGCCCGGUACCCAUGCACCUCCCGCUGCCUCCGCCGCCCCUACUGCUGCUUGUCGCGGCAGUUGCGGCUGCCGCCACCACCUUCCGGCCCGACUGGAACCGUCUGCACCGCCUGGCCCGAGCGAGGGUAGAGACCUGUGGGGGAUGACAGCUGAAUCGCCUAAAGGAGGUGAAGGCCUUUGUCACCGAGGACAUCCCAUUCUACCACAACCUGGUAAUGAAACACCUCCCAGGGGCCGACCCAGAGCUGGUGCUGCUGGGUCACCGCUACGAGGAACUGGAGCGAAUCCCACUCAGCGAAAUGACCCGCGAAGAGAUCAACGCGCUGGUGCAGGAGCUGGGCUUCUACCGCAAGGCGGCACCCGACGAUCCUGUGCCCCCCGAGUUCCUGCGGGCGCCCGCUAGGCCCGCCAAAGGGUCUCCGGCCCGCGCUGACCUGUAGGUCCGGAGCCCCAGCACCCCCCUGCCUGAGCCCUGGGGACAGAAUGAAGCGUUCAGCGUCCCGGGAGCACCUCCCUCGCUGAGGGCCGACGCUCGGUCCCGGAGCCGGCAGGGAUGGAGUUGGGGGUUCCUAACCCCCCUUCCCUCCCCAGCUCAACUAAAUCCCCUUCCACCUUAAA